AUGAACGAUUUUAUGGGCAACACAAAAUGCUUGAAAGAAGAUUCUCCAAAGCCUGAGCCUGCUGUUGAAAUACCAAGACUGUUUUCAAACCGAUUUUGCCCUUAUGCUAAGCGUGUGAAAAUUUUCCUCGCUCAUUUGAAAAUCGACCACGAAACGGUCAACAUCGAUCUGAACUCUAAGCCAAAAUGGUUUCGCGAAGUGAGUCCUCUCGCUAAAGUACCCGUCUACGAAAACAAUGGCUCCUUUACUCCAGACUCGGUAGAUAUCAUCAACCUUCUGGCGAAAGAUAACAAAUUUGAAUUGUCGAAAAUACUGAGUCAGGGAGAAUUCAACGGAUUUAUGGAACAAAUUGUCUCCCUCUGGUACAAGAUCUGCUAUUACAAAGAUCUAUCUGUUAUCGGCACGUUCGAAGAGGCUCUUAAAAAUUUCGCGGCGCUGGAAAGUUUCGGAGUGUUAUCUAAGUGCAAGACGCUAGAAUUUGAUGACGUCCUUAUUUGGCCUUGGAUGGAGAUGAUCAACUUGACUCACUGGGAAGUAAUUCAAAGACACGACGCUCUCAAGACGUACAUUUCUAACAAAUCUCGAUUGGAGCCCAUGAAACUCACAAGGAUCCCUGCCGAUGUAUUCAAGCGCUUUGCCAGUUCGCACGAUUUUGACAUCGACUUAUGA